UUUAAUAGUUUUGUUGUUGUUGUUUUUAUAAAUUUGUAAAGCAUAGCUUACUUCUUAUUUUCCAGAAUAGAAAAAUUAGUACUAUUUCAUUGAUGAAGAUGUUUUAAAGUUUUUAUAACUAAGAAAAAUGAAAGUUGAUUUCAAGUUUAGCAACCUUUGUGGCACAGUGUACCGAAAAGGAAAUAUAGUAUUUGCUUCUGGUGGCGACUCAGUGCUCAGUCCUGUUGGAAACCGCGUAACAUGCUUUGAUCUUAAAAAUAAUAAAUCAUCCACUCUGCCAUUUGAAAACAGUCAUAACAUAUCAAAGUUAUGCUUAUCACCAAACAAUAAUUUAUUACUCUCCAUAGAUGAAGAGGGGAAAUGUAUAUUGUUCAGUUUACGGACCAACUCAAAGUUGGAUUUUUUCAGUUUCAAGAAAAAGAUUUAUGAUAUAAAAUUUAGUCCAAAUGGAAAAUACAUUGCUAUAACUUUUGGGCGUGGUGUUCAAAUAUGGAAGGCGCCAGGCACAACAAGAGAAUUUACGCCACUCACACUUUUGCAAACAUACACAGGAUUCUAUGAUGACACAAAAUGUAUAGAUUGGUCAACUGAUUCUAGGUUUGUUCUUGUUGGUGGUAAAGAUAUGACUGCACGGGUGUAUUCUGUUCAAAAAAUGAAACAGUUUCGACCAUGGGUGCUGACUGGUCAUAGAAAUGCAAUAGUAAAUUCGUUUUUUCAACACAACUCUUUAAAUUGCUACACAGUAAGUCGUGAUGGAGCUGUCUUCAGCUGGGAAUGUGACAGAUUGCUAAAAGAUUUUAAAGCUGGAAUUGACAAAAGAAAACACAGGAAUAGUGACAGUGAAGAAGAAAUAACAGAAGAAGAUAAUGAGGGUGAUAUAGCAAAAUGGACACUUGAAUCGAAACAUUUCUUUCACCAAGACAACAGCAGUGUAACUUGUGCAGAAUUCCAUAAUGGUACCAAAGUACUGGUUGUUGGCUUUUCCACUGGUAUUUUUAUGCUGUAUGAAAUGCCAGAGUUUGUUCAAAUUCAUUCCUUAAGUAUAACUCAACAUAAAAUCAAUUCCAUCGCAAUUAAUGUCACUGGUGAUUGGCUAGCUUUUGGUUCUUCUACUCUUGGUCAACUUUUAGUUUGGGAGUGGCAGAGUGAAACUUAUGUGUUGAAACAGCAAGGUCAUUUUUAUGACAUGAAUGUCAUGUCGUAUUCUCCAGAUGGUCAGUUUGUUGCAACAGGAGGAGAUGAUGGCAAGGUAAAAGUAUGGAACACAGUGUCUGGUUUCUGUUUCGUCACUUUCCAUGAACAUACUGCAGGAGUAACUGGUGUGGAGUUCAGCCAAAAUGGUCAGGUGAUUGUCAGUGCAUCACUUGAUGGCACUGUCAGAGCUUUUGAUUUAAACAGGUAUCGUAAUUUCCGCACAUUUACAGCUCCACGUCCAUGUCAAUUUUCGUGUCUAGCGUUAGAUGUGAGUGGUGAGAUCAUAUGUGCAGGAUCUUUGGAUACAUUCGAAAUAUUCACGUGGUCUAUGCAAACUGGUCGAUUGUUAGAGGUUUUAGCUGGUCACGAAGGACCUGUUUCUUCUUUAUCAUUUUCACCGAUCACAUCAACGCUUGCGUCUGGUUCAUGGGACGACACUGUCCGUUUGUGGGAUGUCUACGUGCAAUCCAGUCCUAAAGAGGUUAUAUCCAUCCGUUCAAAUGUAACUGCUGUUGCUUACCGUCCUGAUGGACACGAAAUAGCUAUCUCAUCGCUCGAUGGUGAAAUAAAAUUCUGGCAACCAGAUGCCUCAAUGCAAGUCGGUGCAAUUGAAGGAAGGAAGGACUUGGGUACGGGACGUAGAAAAACAGAUAUGAUUACUGCGAAAAGAAUGGCCACGGGAAGGUGUUUUUCCAGUCUUUGCUAUUCAGCGGACGGAUGUUGUAUUUUGGCCGGUGGGAAGUCGAAAUACGUUUGCUUAUACAACGUUGAACAACAGGUACUACUCAGACGGUUUGAAAUAUCCUGCAACAAAUCUUUGGAUGGCAUGAAGACACAUCUACACAGUGGAAACAUGACUGAAGCUGGACCAUUGGAUUUAAUAGAUUUGGAUAAAGGGAGUGACGACGAGGAUACUGAAAACAUCAGUCUUCCUGGUGUAAAAAAAGGUGACAUGUCAUCUCGCCGUGUUCAACCUGAGAUUCAUACAAAAUCUCUACGAUUUUCACCAACUGGUCGUUCUUGGGCAGCAGCUACAACAGAGGGUCUCCUUAUCUUUUCACUCGAUGGCUCAUUAUCAUUUCAACCGGAAGAUCUUGGUGUAGAUGUCACGCCGCAGAGGAUUGUGGAAUUGUUGAAAGAAAAGAACUACUCGCUCGCUCUAAGUUAUUCUUUUCGUUUAAACGAAGAUUCUUUAAUCAAACGUGUGGUGGAGAGCAUAAGUAUAGAUGACGUUCCACUUCUUGCAAGAAACAUCCGCGAAGCAUAUUUAAACAAGUUACUCACAUUCACAGCAAAGCAACUCGAAGCGUCUGCGCAUCUGCAGUUUUACCUCACGUGGUGCAAAUACCUUUUAUCAUCACAUGGAACGUAUAUUAAGUCUAAUUCCAGAUCACUUAUGCCUAUGCUGAGAUCACUGCAAAAGAACCUAUCAAGGCAUUCUGGAUCUAUGUCUUCAUUAUGCGAUAACAACAUUUAUACUUUAAAAUACCUGCUGUCAAUCAAACUAAAAGUUACGACAGACGAAGAAAUGAUAGAUGAUGACGAUAUGGAAGAGUGAAAUUUCUUUGUAACCUUUUUAUCUGAAAAAAGACAAAAAUCAUAUAAUAAUAA